UCUUACAGAGCACUGGUUUCUCACUGGCUUGGCACUUUUAACAAACUCUUUAGUGUGGGGUAAGGUGUGGGGAUUACAGAGAAAUAUAUGCAUGCUAAACUCAUUAGAGUCCUGCUAUAGAUAGAUUAUAGUCAGCGGUUGAAGAAGGGGACCGGGGCGAUUUUGCUCGUCAGAAUCCGGAGAUGAUGGCACUGAAAUCACGAGGCAGACGCGCCUCUCGCGUCCAGCUCCCUGCCUCCGCGGCUCGUCAGUCAGCACCUGUCUUGUGCAUCAAACUACAGCAGAGGUGCAGCGAUACAUUCAGCGAUACACCCAGUACUGUCUUUACACUCCAGCGUAAUGGAAAGGAAUAAGAAAAAAACUGAAACCAUGAAAUCCGAAAACUCGACUCUUACACAUGCCAAAAGAGGAAACAACAGACUAAAUAGCAAAAUACUUAAAUUGAAAUUAAGCAGCAGUAUUUUUUCUACUAAGUAAACAAAUAUAAAUGAAAGAGAAAGGUUUUAUACUAUAAUAAAGAUAACCUGUGACUGGUUGAAGGUGUUGCGCAUACAACACAUUUAGUACUACCGCUUUAAGAACUGUUGGUGAGAGGCUUGUGUGACAAAGUAGGUAACUGACGGAUCCCUUGUCGUGGGUCCACCUCUCAACUUUGCGGCUCAGUCGCCGCAGCUCUGUGUCUGGGAGACCCAGCUCCGGCAGCAGGCGGACACGGCGCUGUGGGGACCUGUGAUGUGCCAAGCAGCGCUGUGAGGACUCCUCUCAACUCGCAGCGCUGGUAUUUCAGCGCUCUCUGCGGACUGCGAGGAUGGACGAAAGCACUAUGUUCUCUGGCAAUGACACCUACCGGUACCUUUGGACUGACGGUCCGGGGAACAUGAACAGCACCAGUGAGAAGGACGGGGGCGCGGAGGUGGUCAUCGUGCCAAUUGUCUUUGGGCUGAUAUUUCUUUUGGGCAUCAUCGGGAACACUCUGGUCAUGAUUGUGAUCGGGAGGAUCAAGUCCAGGCGCUCCAGAAGUAUUACAAACACUUUUAUCCUCAAUCUCAGCAUAGCGGACCUGUCUUUCCUCCUGUUCUGUGUCCCGUUCCAAGCCACUAUUUACUCUUUGCCGGAGUGGAUAUUUGGCGCCUUCCUUUGCAAGUUCGUGCACUAUUUCGUGAUGGUUAGCAUGCUGGUGAGCAUCUUCACCCUGGUGGCCAUGUCUGUGGACAGGUACAUAGCCGUGGUCCACUCCAAGAGGUCCCCAUGCAUUCGCAACAAGAAGAACGCGUCCAUUGGCGUCAGUGUCAUCUGGGUGCUGUCCUUCGUCUUCGCCAUCCCCGCGGCUCAACACCAAACCCUCACCGGCCACCAAGAGGCUCCCAACAGCUCCUUCUGCUGGGAGGAGUGGGCUGUCAGCACCACCAAACAGACCUACAAAGUCACCAUUUUGGUAAUCGGAUAUUUGCUGCCGCUGGUGUUGAUUACGUGCUGUUAUGCAAAGACGGCGCAGACAGUGCUCCUGGUCGUUGCUGCUUUCCUAAUCUGCUGGAUGCCCCACCACAUCAUCGCCAUGUGGGCAGAAUUCGGGGAGUUUCCCCUCAAUGACGCCUCCUUCGCCUUCCGUAUCAUCUCUCACUGCCUGGCCUACGGCAACUCCUGCGUCAACCCCAUCCUGUACGCCUUCCUGUCGGAGAACUUCCGGAAGGCCUGCCAGCAAGUCUUCACCUGCAAAUUCCUGUUCCCCCCACCACCCGAGGAGAAGGUGGUCCGAAUCCGAAUGGAGAACUUCUCCACCACCCACUCCACCACCAACGUCUGAACUCCGCAGCCCAGAUGGAGAGGACUUUGGGAACAUUUCCCCACAAACAGAACAGGUGCUGAAACAAGCACUGGACACUUCUAUCUCAAAGUAAAAGUAAUUGUAUUUCUGUGUAUUUAUUAUGUGGCUGCUGUGGGGCUAUGGAUAGGGUACCCAGCAGAGGGACACAGGCCCGCUUUGCUUCUCUCUCUGAGCUCAAGCAGUGCCACUUAUGUCCCUCGUCUUCUCCUGCCUCACGGUAAGCUGGUAACACAAACAAGAAAAAGAAGAAUGUUGCUUUAUAUGCGUUAUCUUCCGACACCUGUAAAAGUCUCUUAUUGUGCUUCAAAAAAUAAUUGGCCUCAUCCAAUUCUACUGCAGGUAGCAGGAGAGGAAGUUCUGGCAGACUCCUGUGUUGUUUUUCUAGGAAGAGCAGCACAUGGCAAUGAAACACAUUUUGAAAUCAAACAAGUUAUGGGUGUACACAAGCCCAACAGACAAGCAGCCCAGUGUUUUAUUUCCUGUUUCCUGGAACAUACCUCUUCUGCUUAAUCCCAUACUCUCUACCCUCCUAAAAGACCUGUAUCUUUUGUUCUCAGUGGUCUUUUAUUAACUAUACUGCUGCAAAGGAAAGUCAUGAUCGAUAGUGACAAUCUAUUCUGACUUCCUGUCAUGUUUCCACCGUGCAGGGCAGCAGCACUCCUGUAGAGAGAAAACAAGGAGCUACAUCUCCGGCUGACAGGCACAGAGCUCCUCUCCACGCUCAGACACUCUGUUCUUGUCUUGGUGCACUCCUGACUGCUUACAGCCUCUGUGCACAGCAAGACAGUUAUAUAGUCAUUUAAUCAGACAUUGUUUUUCCUGAGCACACCCUGUUGAUAGUUUUUAACAUAUCAAUGGCAAAACCAGAAAGAUUCCACUCAACCAAACGAUCUGUAUGUUUCUUUAUGGAGUUUAUAACAAAAGUUCGGGAGAGAUGAUAACAACCAAGCUCAAUUGGACUCAGCUGUCAGUAUUAAGCAGUCACUCCUGACAAUCCACUCCUCUCCCAAACGCUAUAAACACCUACGAGAUCCCUAUCUCUCUCGUGUGCAGGCCUCCACCCCAUCUCCACCUCUGCAGCUGCCCCUUGGUCACCUUGCAUGGGGGUCCUGGUCUACUUGUCCACUGGCCGGGAGGCCAACCCUAAGCCAAGUGGGUAAAGCCACAAUUUAGCUCCAUGAAGCUUUCAUCUUGGUUGUUGUCAUUCCUAGUGAAAUAGUUUUAUAGGCAUUGUAAAACAGGAAAGAGAACAAUAGUGUAAGAAAGAGUACUUUAUAUGUCUGUUUUUGUGUGUAUGUCUUUAAUGCUGUGACACCGUGUCUCAUCGUGGAGGAGAAAUGCAACAUGAAGGACACCUGAGUGAAAGUACACAGAGUGAACUGUGGAAAAAAAGGAGGCUAAGAAAGAAUAAAUGUUAUAACCUAAAAUUCCUUUCAUUACAAUGUAUAUGUGUGACAGUAUUUGACCAGUGUGUUCAUUAAAAUGGAUUCCACUUUA